AUGGAACAACAAACCAAUCGACCUCAUCGCGCGCCAAAGAAGGAGAAAACUAAACAUGAGAAGGGCAAGAACCCCAAGGCAUUCGCUCCUCAAUCUGGACGAAAAGCCGAGAAACUGGCUCGAAGAAAUGUCGAAAAGGAUCAAGCUAAGCUCCAUGUACCCCUACCGGAUCGAACUUUCGGUGUGAGACCCACAUCCAAACAAGAGCCAAGUCAGGGUUCUAGUAAAGAUUCCGCUAACCAGGAUACUGGACCCCCUCCGGUAAUAGUAGCUGUGAUGGGUCCCCCCGGUGUAGGCAAGACAACCCUAAUCCGAUCACUCGUACGAAGAUACACCAAAAAUACCCUUCCAGAAAUCAAAGGACCUGUAACAGUCGUCGCUGGAAAGGCAAGAAGGCUCUCAUUUGUAGAAUGCCCAAAUGAUCUGGGUGCUAUGGUUGAUCUUGCAAAAGUGGCAGAUUUGGUCCUUCUCAUGAUUGAUGGAAGUUUUGGCUUUGAAAUGGAAACAUUUGAGGCUUUAUCUGCUUUAUCAUCUCAUGGACUCCCCAAGCUAAUGGCCGUAUUAACCCAUUUGGAUCUUAUUAAAACGCCGGCCGCCUUGAAAGACCAAAAGAAAAGACUGAAACAUCGAUUUUGGACCGAAGUAUACGAUGGAGCAAAGAUGUUCUACCUCAGCGGAGUUCGAAACGGAAGGUAUCCUGACAGAGAGAUUAUCAACCUGACGAGGUUCAUCAGUGUUGUCAAAUUCCGUCCCCUGAUUUUUCGAAAUAGCCAUCCUUACAUGCUCGCUGACCGAUUUGAAGACCUGACGCCUCCCGAAACCGUACGACUGACACCAUCUUGUGACCGCACGGUUGCUGUCUGGGGUUAUUUGCGAGGUAUACCUCUUAGACCACCCUCAGACCAUGUUACCCCGAAAGUGCAUGUGCCCGGAUCAGGCGUAGAUUCGUUCUUCAUUACUAAAAUGAUGGGGUUGGAUGAUCCGUGCCCACUACCGACCGCCGAAAGUGAAAAGCGCCGCAAGAUCGCCGAGAAGCACAAACUUGUACACGCUCCAAUGAGUGGAGGUGCUGGAGGUGCUGUGGUUUUUGAUGGCGAAACGGUCUGGGUUAACACCACCAACCACUUUUCGUCCAAUAAGCACAAGUCCGACAACUCGGAAUUCUCGGAUGAAGAAAGCGAAGACGGAGAAGACCUAGCGGGCGAGGGAAUCAAAAUGGUUGUUGACCUACAGAAAGUCAAAGCCAGUCUUGGAGAAAAUGUCAAAUCCAGCAAGAUCCAACUGUUGAACGAUUCUAAAAGGCCGCUCAAAGCCUCGGGCUCCGCGGAAGACAGUAAUCAAGUGGAGGAAUUUUCCGAUGCGGCUGGCUCUUCCGAUCCAAGUUCAAAUGCUAGUGACAGCGAUGAUACAGAUUUUGAAGACCUUGAUGAUGAUGAUAAUCGUGAUGCGUGCCCUAUAGCUGAAUCAUCACGAUCAAAUCAAGAGGUUCGGAGACGCGCUGGGAGUUGGAAAGCUGCACAGACAGGAGAAGACGAUGUUGCGUAUGCUGACAGUGACUCUGAUCUUGGUCUGGGAUCUGACGGCGAAGUAUCUGGAUCGGAACAUGAAUCCGACGUUGAUUUGUCUGAUGAGGAAAGGUUUGAGGAUGACUACGAAGAAGACAAUGAUGAUGGCGAAGAUCAAGAAGCCCCGAAGUGGAAAGAAAACCUUCCUCAAACUGCCGCGCGCCUAGCUGCAUCUAGACAGUCUCGGUGUGAUCCUAUGAAGCUGAUCUACGAUAAUCGCCUCGAGCCGGCUGAAGUUUGCUCUCGACUAAGAGGCGAAACACCUCGCAAUUUACCCCUAGCCAAAAAUCCAGGCGACAACGAACUGUUUGAACUUGCGAGUCGACACACCGGUGCAGAAGAAAACAGCCGGCGGGGUGACCUCUACCGCUUUUAUCGGCCAACCGAGUCUGGUGAGCUUGAAGUUUGGAGCGACGAAAAGUAUCUACAGUCAAUCCGGCAUCUAUUCAUCACUGGUGAUCUUGAGAACAAGGAUGCAGAAGCCGCAGAUCACUACGAAAGUGAGGGUGGUGAUUUUGAAGACCUUGAAACUGGAGAAAAAGUCGUGGGAAGCACUCCAUCUCAAGUCGUGACUGCUCCAAAGGAUGCGAAGACCGAUCUCCUUGCUAAGAAAGAAGCUCUGAAGCGGCAGUUUGAUCGAGAUUACGAUGGAUCAUCCGAUGAAGAAGGGCAAAAAGACUUUUACACUGAGCAGAAGGAAGAGAUCGCGCGAAGGAUGGAGCAGACGAUUAAAGAGUUUGAAGAUGAUGACCCUCAGACUCGAAUCGCCGUUGAAGGAUACAGACCAGGAGCUUACGUUCGCAUUGAGAUAACUGGUGUACCGCCUGAGCUAGUGAAUAAUUUCGAUCCCACUUUCCCCUUCUUACUUGGUGGUCUGUUACCUGGGGAAGACAGUCUUGGGUUUGUUCAAGUACGACUGAAGAAACAUCGAUGGUAUCCCAAGGUCUUGAAGACGAACGAUCCCUUAAUCCUCUCUGUAGGAUGGCGCCGUUUUCAAACCGUUCCAAUUUACUCAUUGGAUGACGGUACGAGAAAUCGAAUGCUCAAGUAUACACCCGAACAUACGCAUUGUUUGGCCACUUUUUACGGUCCAGUAUCCAGUCCCAACACCGGUCUCUGUGCUUUCAGUCGCAUGGGUAGCGGCUCCACCAACUUUCGGAUUUCAGCUACUGGAGUAGUACUGGACGUGGAUGGCAGCAGUCGAAUAGUCAAAAAAUUGAAACUGACUGGUGUCCCCUACAAGAUCUACAAGAAUACCGCCUUUGUCAAAGGAAUGUUCACAAGCGCUCUCGAAGUCGCCAAGUUCGAAGGUGCACAGAUCCGGACAGUUUCUGGAAUCAGAGGGCAGGUGAAAAAAGCUCUUCCAAAACCCGAGGGCACUUACAGAGCAACGCUCGAGGAUAAGGUGCUAUUGAGCGAUAUAAUCUUCUUGAGGGCUUGGUACAAUGUGAAACCAAGGAUGUUCUACACACCCGUGGCUUCUUUACUCCUGCCUAACAAAACACGAUGGCAAGGUAUGCGUUUGACGGGCGAGGUCAGGCGGGAUGAACAAUUGAAAACCCCCUUGGAUGUCAAUUCGCAAUACCGACCAAUUGUAAGAGAGACACGGCGAUUCAAUCCGCUCAAGAUUCCAAGGAAAUUGCAAAGCUCUUUGCCAUUUGCAUCGAAACCCAAGCACACCAAACCACAAUCGAAGCCGACUUAUCUGCAGCAAAGAACCGUGCUUUUACAGCCCGAAGAGCGUAAAACUUUGGGUGCUCUGCAGCAGGCACAAGCUGUCACUAAAGACAGGAUUCAAAAACGGAAAGAAACCAAGGCCAAAAAGAACGCCGAAAGGAUCAAGAAAAUCGAACGCUCGCAUGAAGCUGGAGGUCGUUCCGAACGCGAAAAGGAAACCAGGAAAGAAUUCUUUCGACAGGAUAGUAAACGCAAGCAAUCUGAUAGCGGUCAAGGAGGCGGCGGGAAGCAUCGCUCAAAAUCGAAGAGGCAGAAAACUAGUUAA